UUGCACAACCUGAUCGGCGCGCUCCCUCACCACGCGCUCCGAAACCUCGCCGCCGAAUACGGCCCAAUAGUCCACCUCCAGCUCGGCGAAAUCUCCGCCGCCACGUGGGGCUGCCAGAACAUCGCCUUCUCGCCACACGGCGAGUACUGGAACCAGAUGAAGCGGAUCUCGCUGACCGAGCUUCUCGGGCCCCGCAAAACCCGGUCCCUGCGCGGGGUCCGAGAAGCUGUGGUCAGCGAAAUGAUCGAGUCGGUCAGGAAAAAAUCGGUCGGGAGACCGGUCAACUUAACCGAGACGUUUCUCGGUAUGACCAAUACGAUCACCUGCAAAACCGCGUUCGGGUACCAGUGCGUCGACCAGGACGAGUUCCUGGGGUUGACCCGGACCGCGGUUCAGGCCGCGGCCGGGUUCAACCUCGCAGAUCUGUACCCGUCUCUAGGGUUUCUUCAGGGUCUGACCGGUUUGAAAAACCAAGCUUCUGGGUCUCCGAAACGGGUUGGACCGGAUCUUCGACAAGAUCAUCAAGCAGCAUGA